AGAGAGAAGGGAAGCUGCUGCCUGCUCUCCGACACCUCGGCAUCCAGCCUGGUGGCAUCUCGGCUGGGUGGCUAUUGGGGAGGGGGGGUGAGCCUUGAAGAUGAACCGCAGCUUCAGUAAGUCCCAGACGUUGCGGUAUGUGGCUAGCAGCUCGGUGGAGGUAAAGAGCAAGUAUGGGGCCGAGUUUAGAAGGUUCUCUCUUAACCGCUACAAACCAGGAACAUUUGAUGAGUUCUACAACCUUAUUCUUCACAUUCAUCACAUCUCCAGCAUGGACGUCAUGCUUGGGUAUGCGGAUGUUCAUGGAGACCUUCUCCCUAUUAACAACAAUGAAAAUUUCUUCAAAGCUGUUUCUAGUGCAAACCCACUCCUCCGAGUAUUUAUUCAAAAGCAAGAAGAAGUAGACUACAGCACCUUUGGAUCAGCUACGUUAAACCGAAAGAAAAGAAAUGCUCUGGUGGCACUUCGCAAUGACAGUCUCAGGCAUAGGAAACCUCACAUAAACAUCAGCAUGCCCCAUGACUUUAGACCGGUCUCCUCUAUCAUUGAUGUGGACAUACUUCCUGAGACACACAGACGAGUUAGGCUGUACCGGCACGGUUGUGAAAAGCCCCUUGGUUUCUAUAUUCGAGAUGGUACUAGUGUCAGGGUGACACCUCAUGGCCUGGAGAAAGUGCCAGGCAUCUUCAUUUCUAGAAUGGUUCCUGGGGGGUUGGCAGAAAGCACUGGUUUGCUAGCUGUAAAUGACGAGGUUCUAGAAGUAAAUGGCAUUGAAGUAGCAGGAAAGACUCUUGACCAAGUUACAGAUAUGAUGAUAGCAAACAGCCACAACCUUAUUAUCACAGUUAAACCUGCAAACCAAAGGAACAAUAUUAUCCGGAGCAGUCGAAUGUCUGGAAGCUCUGGCCAAUCCACAGACAGCACUGCAAGUCAUCACAGUUUACCUCCUGCUCACCUUUUCCAGAACUUUCAUCCAGAUGAGAUGGAGAGUGACGAUGAUGCCGAUAUUGUUAUUGAGGGCAUCGAACCCCGCAACAUUCCCAAAUCUCACAGCCUUCCUUCAGGAAGCUUGUCGCGAAUUAAUGGCAGCAGCCUGAGCCACAGGUUAGAAAGAGACUUGGGCCUCAAUCAUUCUGGAAGGGAGAGCAAUGGAAGUAUUCACAAAAUCUUAAGUAGCUUAAAAGCUGAUCCUAGGAACAGCUUAGUAAUUCCCAAAGGAGGCAUUGAGGAGGAUGGUACAGUUAUUACACUUUAAUUUGUGGAUGUAAAACUCCCAGCCAUUAUGCUGUUGUGAAGUGAAACUCACAGCAAACCAACAGUUGGAUAAGGGUGCUUGGAGUUGUUGAUAGCAAAGAGAUGUGGAAUUUGACACCCCUACUUUAGGUACUGCCAAGCAAUGCCUGGUAUUGCAUUAUAACAUAGUCUUGAAUUGGAACAUGAAAUAUUGCUACAUGGUCACAUGCUGAAUCUUAAUAAACUGAACACAUUGGUGUUAAACUGUCAAAUUAAUGGUACAGGCUUAGAACAAAGCUAUGUAUGCUCUUGUAUGCUCAUGUAUUACUUUCAGGCUGUGGGUUUGUCCCUCAAGUCUUAUGCCGAACAUGCCAAAUUGAUUUUAGGCAAGCUAUUAUAAAUGUGGAUAUUGCUUAAUAUAAUGAUCCAUCUACCCCUGGUAGAUUUUCCUUUUGAUCAUUCAAAAGAAAGAAAGAAGAGGGCACAGAAAAAAACAAUGACGGAAGCACAGCAGUAGUUCAUUUUUCUACAACUACCCUUUCAAAGUAUAUAGCUGGCCCCGUAAGAUUUCUCUAUUUUUGUGACAGUGGAGGCAGAUUGUCAGAAUUUCUUUGUUCAACAGCACCACUUGCUGGUCAACUGUGGUGAAAUACCUUAGGUUUUUCUGGUGAUGGACAAAGUUCAUAGUGGCACGUCUAGGAUUUUUUUUCUUUGUUUUCUUCCUGUGAAUUUAACGGCCUAAAUGUUACAUGUUAAAUGGUAUAUCCUUGUAAAAUAUAUUUGUCUGAAUACUUGCAAUGCUACCUAUUUGUGACUGUUACUGUGGGAUUGUGGGAAUUGGUAACAGCACAGAACAAUUUGAACUGAUAGCAGCCUGUGUGGCCACAGUUCUACCUUACACAGAGGGCUGGCAGUCAGCCUGCAAUGUUCUGUACUCAACUGUAUUGGUUGCUGGGGGGGGGGGGGUUCUGAUUUCUGUCAGUAUUAUCCCCUAUGUUAUUUCACUGUAAGAAACAUCUAGAUUAUACCAUUUUAGAUGAACUCUUUUGUCUGUAAGUGAAGAAUGUACACAAUUUUAACCCACUAGUUGCAUGCAGAAAUUGUGAAUGACAAAUUCCAUAGCAAAUAACUGAUAGUGUGAUAGAAUCAUGAAGGUUAUAGGUACCUGGAUAAGAUCCUCCACAUGUGUACAAAGCAUUUUUAACCCACCAAGGUGCACUGAACUGUUUGCAUUAUGGACCCAUGGGGAUAAUCUGAUAAACAAGGAUUUAGAACUUGGCCACUAAAAGGACGCAGAAUAUACCACUACUUCUUGGUUGGAACAAAUCUAAAAAAUGUUUUCUGUUUUCACUAUUGUCUGUGCCAUUGUUCCUCUUGCAUAAUACAGGAAUGCCUCUCUUGCAGCCUUUCAGUUUAGUUGAACUACAGCUCUCAUACGUGGAAAAAUACAAGCUGCCUGUGAAUGCUAAGAGGUGCAGUGCAACUAACAAGUGGGCAGCUACAGAUGUGGCAUUCCUGAUUUUGUGUUUAUUAAAUAUUUUUUAUGGAUUUAAGUUUUUUUUUUUUGCAUUUUACUUUUUUUACGUUCUGGGAGAAGGAACUACAGUAGUUCAGAUGUUACUUAAACACAUUCCACUUUAUUUUUCUAAUUUAAAACCUGAAUGACAGUGCUUUCCAUCUAUUUGAUUUUAUACAUUUGUACUUUUAAAAGAAACAGGCUUAAUAAAGUAAAAACUAGCAAGUU